GCCGUCCGCGCGGCGCCGGCGCGAUGACGUCCACCUCCGCGGGUCACGCGACAGUUGAGAAGAUGACGGAUCUCGACAUCGCGCGCGCCUCCAAGGUUCUCAUGGUCGGCGCCGGCGGCAUCGGAUGCGAGCUCCUCAAGACGCUCGCGCUCAGCGGGUUCGCCGACGUCGAGUUGAUCGACCUCGACACGAUCGACGUGAGCAACCUGAACCGGCAGUUCUUGUUCCGAAGACGGCACGUCGGGAUGUCCAAGGCGAAGGUCGCGAGGGAGUCCGUGCUCGCGUUCCGCCCCGACGCGAAGAUCACCGCGCACCACGGCAACGUGAAAGACGCGGCGUUCGACGUCGACUUCGUGAGUCGCUUCGACGUCUGCCUCAACGGGCUGGAUAACUUGGACGCGCGGCGUCACGUCAACCGACUGUGCCUCGCCGCGUCGGUCCCUCUCGUGGAAUCCGGGACGACCGGGUACCUCGGGCAGGUCACGACGCACGUCAAGGAUCAGACCGCGUGCUUCGAGUGCGUCGCGAAGCCGACGCCGAAAUCGCAUCCGAUCUGCACGCUGCGAGACACCCCGGACAAGCCGAUCCACUGCGUCGUGUUUUCCACGGAUCUCCUGUUCCCGCGGUUGUUCAGCGCGGACCCGAACGCGAAGAGCGACCUGGACGAGGACGACGCCGUGGAGCUCAACGCGUUCACGCGACUCGAGAAAGAGUCCCCCGCGGCGUUCGCCGCGAAGGUGUUCGACUACGUCUUCAGGCGCAUCCAGACGCUGCUCGCGAAGACGGAGAUGUGGGAGAAGCGGACGCCGCCGACGCCGCUCGCGAGCUUCGCCGAGCUCGCGGGCGGCGCGUCGCCGGACGACGUCGCCGCGGGCGCGGACGCGUCGCUGAUUGAAACGGCCGCGUGCAAGGCGUUAGGGUUGAACGACGCGAACGCGGUGUGGAGCGUCGCGGACGCGGCGCGCGUCUUCGUGUCCUCGGCGGCGAGAAUUCUCUCGCGCGACGCCGCCGUUAACGGCGGCACGGACGCGUUCAGCAAAGACGACGCCCUCGCGGUUGAGUUCGUCACCGCGUGCGCGCUGCUCAGGAGCUCGAACUACGGCAUCGCGCCGAUGUCGCUGUUCGACGCGAAAGGGAUGGCCGGGAACAUCGUCCACGCGGUGGCGACGACGAACGCCAUCGUCGGCGGAUUGAUCGUUCUGGAGGCGCUCAAGGUGCUUCGAAACGCGCGCUGCUGCGCGUACAAGUACACGUUCGUGAAGCAGUUCGCGAGCAACAAUCGUCUGUUGGAGCCCAUCGACGCGGACGCGCCGAAUCCAAAGUGUCACGUCUGCGGCGCCGCGCGCGUCGAGCUCCGAUGCGACGCGACGCGAAUGACCCUCGGCUCGCUCAUCGACGACGUGCUCUUGAAGAAGAUCGGGAUGAUCGCGCCGGAGAUUCAGCACCCGAGGACGAUCUUGCACGAGCACGACGACGGGGACAGCUUGGACGAGGACGAGGUCGAGACGUACCGAAAGAACCGAUCGACGAGACUCGUCGAUUUGCCCGCCGGGGGCGUGAAGAGCGGCGACGUGUUAUCCGUCACGGACUUCUCGCAGAAGUUCGAGUUCGAGCUGCUCGUGACGCACGUCCCGAGGGAGGAGUGGGACGAUGAGGAGCACCCGGAAGGGUUCGAGCUGAGAGGGGACGCGAGCGGCGGGAAGGGCGACGACGACGACGACGCGGACGGCGGCGGCGGCGGCGGCGGCGACGACGACGACGACGACGAUCUCUGCGUCGUCGAGGACGACGACGCCGUCGUCGUCGCGGGAACCGCGAAACGAAAGAGGGACGACGACGACGACGACGGCGACGACGACGCCGGCGUGGGGGGUAAGACGAUUCGAUCGGAUUGAGCGCGCGCGACGACGACGACGACGACGACGACGACGAGAUCAAGGCUGCGAUGCGUUUCAACCGCUCCCUUGAGGAUGAAAAUAAAAUAAAGAAAUCCGUC